AUGGAUCGUCUGUCGGGCUGCAGCGGAAGUUUCGAUCAACUGUCGACGGAUUUUCUGAAUCUGCCGCCGAUUCCCGAGGCCGUUCCCUGUCGACACGCACCGCAUCAGUCACCCGAAGAGGAAGAAUGCGACGAAGACGGUGAUGAACCGCACGAGCUGGAAUGUUGCCAAAAAGAACUGGACCGCUGCCAGAUGGGUGCGGUCAAAGGUCAGAGGUCAAACUCGGACCCUAGCGGCAGCACCAUAAUAAGUUCAAGCAAUUUUGUUGUGGCCGCCGAAGGUCAGGCACGCUUGGCGAGAUGCGACGAGACCGAUUGUUGCGACGAAUGGACGACGCAAAGUCCAGAUUUGAACUGA